AUGGGGCUGGACAUUGGUGGAAACUGUUGGACACACCACAUUCUGCAUGAUGAUGAUGCCAUCCAUAAAGUGGAAGCUGCCAUUUUGGAGGAUCACCACAGAACUUUAUGGCAACUAAACCAAAAAGUGAAGAUAAGCUUAGGAUCUGUGGUAAAAACUCAUUUACAACCAUUUGUACAUGUUAUCAGCACAAAGGAUUCCCAGAUGCUCACAUCUUUUCAAAAGCAGGAAUGGGUCAAUUGUUCCAAGGCCCUUUGGCAAUGUGUCAAGAAAAUGAGGAGGAUUUUUUCAGCAAGACCUAUCACACAGGAUGAAGCGUGGGUCCAUCACUAUGGUCCUGAGACUAAAGUCCAGUCAAAACAAUGGAAGUAUGAUAACUCAUCACCUCCAAAGAAGGGUCGCGUCCAGCCCUGA